AUGUCAAUCGAAUAAUAAUAAAAACAGUGUGUGUUUUUUUAACUCGGAAUUAUAAAGCACCAAAUUUAAAUUGGCCGAUUUACAUCUUUCCAAAUUCAAGUUAAAUGCAUGAAUUAACGCCGAAUCAUGGAUAACGAAACGCUAUUGGCCACUGAAAAUCUGCUGCGACAAUGUAUUCAAGACCAGUGUGAUGAAGUGGAAAUGCUUCAAUCGAUAUUUUGUAAUGCGGGCGAAAUGAAAAUCGCUGACCACAGUAUAUUGGCCGAUAUGUUUGAUUAUUUGGAUAAGAAAAGCGAUCGACUAACACAAAAACUCGACUAUACAAUAACGAUUCCAAUAUCGAGUCAAGUUGGUCAAACGCUUGAAUUACAAUUUGAAUUUCCGCAUAUGUAUCCGUCAUUGGAACAGCCAUACAUAACUGUGCGGACGACAUUAAACACUCCAAAUAAAAUGCACAUUGAAAAUGAAAUAAAGCGACAAAUCGGUGACUAUAUUGAUGGCGGUGAUGUGGAUAAAUCAACGGUUUAUGUGUAUCCAAUUGUGGUUUGGCUUCAAGAUAAUGUCGAUGCAAUCAUUGGCAAUGCAACAAAAGUACAAACACCAACAGCACAAGAUAAAGUGAAUGCCGAUUUACCCGUCGAAAUGGAACGUUUAUGGAUUUAUUCGCAUCAUUUAAAAAGUACACAAAAACGACAAGAUAUUCUAAAAUUGGCCAAAGAAUUGGAUUUAACGGGAUUCUCAAAGCCAGGCAAGCCGGGCAUCAUUUGUGUUGAAGGUGCCAAAGAAAAUACACAAGAAUUUUGGAAAAUCAUUCGUCAAUGGGCAUGGCAACGGAUUACCUUACGUUUGAGCGAAACAAAAUCAAAACCACAAACGAAAGCACAACAAUUUCGGCGAUUUAAGCAAUUUCGGGAAACAUUGUACGGCGACAAUGAUAUUGAUAAUGAUAAUUCCGUUGCACCGAUUAGUAUGAGUGAAUUUAUGAAAUUUUUAGAAAACCAUAAUUGUGGUUAUGUAAAAAAAGAACUUCUUCUAUUGGAUUGAACAAAAUACCGCUCAUCAUGAAUGUACAGCAAAUUUUUGAGUUUUGUAAAAAAAGAAAUUACCAUUUUUAUAAAAGCAAUUGAAUAAAAUAACUUUUUAUACCUAUUUGAAUCAUUUUGAUAAGUUUUGCUUUGGCCUCGGCAACGCGAUCAACAUAGCUAGUGGCCGAUGGUGCGGUUUCCGUAAUUAUGGGAUAAAAUCCAAUUAAAAUCAAUAAAAACCACUUGUUUAAAA